GAUAUCAACAAGGCAUUUUGUCUCUUCGACCAGGACGGCAACGGCAAGAUCAGCAGAAAUGAAAUCCGUGACGUCAUCAAGGCCAUAGGACGUCCGAUGUCCGACAGGGAGAUAGAGGAGAUGAUGGUCAACGCCGACAUCGACGGUAGGGGCCCUUCAGACGUAUCUGUAGAUUUUUUUGGGGGGCUUGUUUGUUCACUGUGGUGUAUGUUUGUAGUCUGUACGACGGCUCGUCUGUGUGGCAGGCUGUUUUCUUUUUCAUAUUGCGUUGGAUUUGCAUGAUGGUGCGAGAGGUCACGGUGUUUUGUGAUGUACAGCUGUCGCGGUGAGCCUUGCAACCCAUGAGGGUUGUAGGUGGCCUCGGAUAUUUCAGGGGGCUCGGAUAUUUCAGGGGCCCAAAGUUGUCUUACUGUCGACUUCAAAUGCAGGGGAACAAGACCGAACAAGAGGCAGGGACGUCAGGAUCUCCCGCUAGUAGUAGAAAUAAAAAAGGGCCGGCUGUGCUGGGCAGGACACUUGGAGAUAAUUUUGAAUGACAGAGGAAUGAAGAGAAUGCACCAGGAAAAUCUCAGAGGAAAACGGCUCAAAGGCAGACCUAGGCUUAGAUGGAUGGAUGAUGAGGAAACAGAUCUACAAUAACUGGGAAUCCAAAAGAUCUAAGUUGAAGGAAGUGGUGAGGCAGGCCAAAGCCAUACACAGGCUGCAGCGCAAUACGGAUGGAUGGAUGCGUGUGUGGGUGGUGAGUGGGUGGAUGGACACAGCUCAGGCGUAAAAAAAAAAUGCUUCCCAUUAUUAUAAUUCAGAGACGAUUUUGAAAAAAAAAUGUAGUUUUACACAAUACACAGACCAUGACAUGACGGUGAAUGAUAAGGUUACUUGAUGCACGAAUAACUUUACUUUACCUUUUGUGCCAUUGGACAUCCUCCCACGCCCCUCUCUCAUUUUUAUUGUUAUGAGUUUAUUGAUCUGGCUUCGAUCCCCCUUCUCUUCCUGUCUUUAUCUGUAUGUGGAUUUCACGGAGUUUCCACUUCGUCAAAUUUUAAAUAACUCUAGUGUUUUUAAUCAAUACAACCGAUUAAUUGAAUGCUUGGCUAUAGAAGCAGGGUGCAGUUGUGUGUGGUUUUUUUUUUUUUUUACAUCGUGUACGGGUAUUUUGAGAAUCAACCCGGUGUGUCCAAGUGGUUCUAUCUACUGCAGUCUCACUAAUGAAUAAUGUCACUGGUUAUUUAAUUGAUUACCGUGUACAUGGAUUUUGAAAUUCACUAGAGUCAUUUUUUAAAAAAGCUACACAAUUAGACGUAGUACCCGUUUUUUAGAAAUAAAAGAAUAACGGGAAGGAGAAAAAGAACGACAAGGAGAAGGAGAACGAGAACGAGAAGAAGAAGGAGGCUCUUCGAAUAUGAGUGCACUGACGAGCUCCAAACGCAGAUGGCCCAGAAAUUAAAAUGCAAAAUAUCACGCGUUCAAUGUAACACUGGAUAGAGUUAUCAUUUAUAAUGUAACACUGGAUAGAGUUAUCAUUUAUAAUUUCUAUAUAGGAGAGAAUUGAACAGUUGCAAAAAUUCAAUAACACAUGGGGAUUUUAAAUAACCUUAACAAUUCGCCAGACAAUGAUAAGCUCCAAGUAGCAUGCCAAGGUUUGGAGAACGAGUUAAUGGAUACAACAAAAAUAGCAAUAUAAAUAGAUGUAGUCUGUUGACUGAACUAGAAAUAGCCAAAGAAUAAUUUCCUUACGAUGUAAAUCAUCCGAUAGAAGUCGCUAAGUUCAUAUACACUAAUAGGUUACAGAAUGUGACGCGGAAUUUGUGGUUAGCAAUAAGAAUAAUGUUUACAGCCCCUAUUACUGUAGCCGUUGGCGAGAGACGCUUUAAUAAACUUAAGCGCAUUAAAACAUAUUUACGAUCAUCCAUGUCUCAAGAGAGAAGGAAUUCUUUGGCAAUGUUGUCUAUGGCAAAAUGACAUUGCAAAAAAUAUUAAUAUAGAAAGUGCAAUCAAAACAUUUACUGAUAUAAGGGCUAGGAAACAAUGCCAUCGGUAGGCUAAUUGUUCAGAGGCGUAGCCAAGGGGAGCAGGAGGGGACAGUUCGGUAGGCUAAUUGUUCAGAGGCGUAGCCAAGGGGAGCAGGAGGGGACAGUUGUCCCCAGACGCCAGCUUGUUAGGGGCGCCAAAAUGUGCUUAGAUAUUAUUUCAUUGAUAAAAAUAAUGGUUUGAGAGUUUAAAAAAAAAAAAAAAAGGAAAAAGGGGCGCUUUAACAUUAAUCUUGUCCCUGGGCGCCAAACGCUUUAACUACGCCUCUGAAUUGUUUAUACUGUCCAAUUUAUAGGGGCGCUUUAACAUUAAUCUUGUCCCUGGGCGCCAAACGCUUUAACUACGCCUCUGAAUUGUUUAUACUGUCCAAUUUAAGAAAAGCAAUAUUACUUUUCAGUUUUUUUUUUUUUUAAACAACCUAGGUAAUAAACUCAUUACUUAACCCCUAGUUUUUUCCGAGCACACAUUUUUAUGAUUAUAAUUAAAAGGGUCUCCAAAGGUAAGCUUGCCAGGGGCUCCAGCAACCGUAGGACCUUUUCUGUCUCUGCAUUCUAUUCCACAAAAGUAUAUCAUUAAAACUUGUAUAUGCAUAAUAUCAACAUCUUAUGGUUUAACCAUGCAUUACAAGCAGUUUCUUAAUUAAUUUAUUUAUUCAUUAUUUAUUUAUUUAAAUUCAGAAAUAUGAAAGCUGUGAUUUUAUUGCAAAUAACAUGAGCCCGGAAAAAGCAUGAUUCAACAAGUCUACCGGUAACUUCAUUGAAUGGCCAGAGGGACUUGGAAUGUUGGAGCACACAUACACUUGCAUUGCAUUCGUUCGGAGAGUGUAUCAGCUGUUGUGGCUAGGCUUGGAAUGUUGGAGCACACAUACACUAGCAUUGCAUUAGUUCGGAGAGUGUAUCAGCUGUUGCACGAGAACGCCCGGUUCCCAUCGAAGAAAGCUAGUGGGGGGGGGGGGUCGUUAUGGCCUUUGUUUUUUUUUUUGGUUUGCCCCAUGGACAGAAGAAUGACAAAAAAAAAAAAAAAAAAAAAAUUGACAUUUAAUUUCUUUAUUUAAAUCGCACGUGUCAUUUGUGAAUAUAGUUAUUGUGUUUGUUAAUGUGCCAAAUAUUUGUGAAGUAUAUUUAACAAAUAAUUAACAACAAAAAAAACCAAACAAAUAUAAUAAGUGUACAACGAUCAUAAAAAGUUGUGUAUCUCCAGCUUUUAAAUGGUAACACCCAAAAUGGGGACAUAUGGAACCCUUGUUUAGUGAGUGCACUUAGUGCAUCUGAGAUGGACCCUUGUUUAGUGAGUGCGCUUAGUGCAUCUGAGGGUGUCAUUGCUCGUCUCGUCCACAGGAAGUGGGUACAUAGAAUUCAACGAGUUUCUUCCCCUCAUCGCCAACGAGUACAACGCCAAACAAGGGGUAGACAAGGAGGUCAGGGAAACCUUCAGGUCGUUCGAUCAGAACGGGGACGGAGUUAUCUCAGGUGGGUGCCAUGCUGACGGAGUUAUCUCAGGUGGGUGCCGUAAUGACAGAGUUAUCUCAGGUGGUUGCCAUGUUGACGGAGUUAUCUCAGGUGGGUGCCAUGCUGAUGGAGUUAUCUCUGGUGGGUGUCAUAAUGACGGAGUUAUCUCAGGUGGGUGCCAUGCUGACGGAGUUAUCUCAGGUUGUUGCCAUGCUGACGGAGUUAUCUCAUGUGGGUGUCAUAAUGACGGAGUUAUCUCAGGUGGGUGCCAUGCUGACGGAGUUAUCUCAGGUGGGUGUCAUAAUGACGGAGUUAUCUCAGGUCAGUGCCAUGCUGACGGAGUUAUCUCAGGUGGGUGUCAUAAUGACGGAGUUAUCUCAGGUCAGUGCCAUGCUGACGGAGUUAUCUCAGGUGGGUGUCAUAAUGACGGAGUUAUCUCAGGUGGGUGUCAUAAUGACGGAGUUAUCUCAGGUGGGUGUCAUAAUGACGGAGUUAUCUCAGGUGGGUGCCAUGCUGACGGAGUUAUCUCAGGUGGGUGUCAUAAUGACGGAGUUAUCUCAGGUGGGUGCCAUGCUGACGGAGUUAUCUCAGGUGGGUACCAUGCUGACGGAGUUAUCUCAGGUGGGGGACAUACUGACUUGCUGUUGUAACUUUGCAGAGGGACAGACGUAGUAACAUUUAUUAAAUUAACAAUUGUUUUUUCUGUUUCGCUUUAAAGAUCGCAAAAGGGCUUGCCUGUUUAUGUCGCUUCUUUUUGGUGUCUAUUUUCACCAACCUUUUUUUUUCUUCUAAUUUGCGAUUUUUUUUGGUUAUAAUAUAUUGAUUGAUUUGGGCAUCACAGGCCACUUGCUCCGAUAAGUAGCUCCAGGAAAACUUCAAAGCUAGUACACAGCUGAAUCUUAAAGGUUAUUUUAUUGUAAUAAUACAUUUCGGAUAUGGGUUGACCAGAUAUUUAGUGAAAUUUCAAAUCGGAGCGACAAUAUUUCAGCACAACUUUCGUUUUAAAAAGAGAGCUGUUAACAACAGUGCAGCAGUGUUUAGAAAAUAAAUCUCCACCUUUCAUUUAAACUAACGCAAAAAAUGGGGACUUAACAAAAAAAAACAACAACAAAAAUUUCUCCUGGAUUAUUUUCUUAUGAAUAGAAACCCCCUUUCUUGGCACUGCAUUUGCUUAUAGGAAAGUCCCAGUGUGUUAGCCAUUUUUGUUGGAUUGGAAGGACUGAUUUUCAGCCUUGAUUUAGAAGACCUGCUCUGCCGAACAUAGAAGCAGAGAGCUAGCUUUUGUGGCAUUGGACGUUAUGUUCAGCUAAACCACUAUGUUAGCCAAGUCGGAGACCUAUUCCCAUAUCAGGAUUUCGGACAACUCUUCUCAGCUAAAUUACAGACAGUCCAAAACAAUUUGACAUGUAAACAUAUCUGUAGAAAUCCGUACGAACUUUAUGAUACCCGGGAAAAAAGGGAAUAUUCUUCUUAAGGGUUUAGGAACCAAAAAAUCUGGAAUUUUCAGCUUUAUACAAGCUGUAGGAUCACAAGCAGGAGAAACUUAAACACUUUUGACAAUGCCAACAAACACACUUGUAGGAUUCCGUGUCGUUAGUAAUAGAUAUGAGACUUCAAAGACAUGCAGCCUUACGCCAAUAAUAUUGUUUAGCUCUAUGAUUUAACAAUUUGAACUUAAAAACGUGUCCACAAACAUGUGUGGACUACGUAAAAAUUGUUAAGCUCUAAAAUAUUUGCCAGCUUUGAUUUCAUUGAGAUGUCAACAUUGAUAAUCUAGGUUAAGCCUAUAAAAUAUUUUUUAAAAAAAUAAAUAAAUAAACCAGGUUGAAAAUGUUUACCUUAAUACAAUAUACAUAUACAUAUAUACAAACAUUAGAUAUGUUUAUAUUAUAAAAGAAAAUGAGAAACUAUGAACGGCAUUCUGUUGUAUCGCCAUGACAUUAUAAUAGUAAAGAGCAGUUUAGACUUUUAUAACUCUUGGGACAUUAAAAUUUGUUCCUGCUUUGGAAAUUGCUCUCGAUUGCAGGCUAAAUACUCGCUAGAAUCUAGUUAAACCGUUUUAAAACGGAUCUUGAGAAGGGUCUCCUGUCAGAAAGUCAAUCUGGGUUCUAUAAAGAACGCAGACAUAUUGAUACGAGGUUUACGGGCGGACAGCUACAGAAACAAAUGCAAGGAUCAGAAUGUUGAACUAUUCUUCAAAUUUGUUGACCAUACCAAGGCUUUUGACACUGUUAGUAUAGGAGGUCUUUGGAAGAUCAUGGGCAAUAUGGAUGCUGCAGAACGUCAUUUUUAAAUGAUGUUACAAUUCCAUGAUGGUGUUUAGACCAGACUCUGGGAGAAUGGGGAGACUUCUAAACCAUACCCCGUGACAAACAGUGUCAAGCAAGGUUGUGUCCUGUCCCUAAAACUUUUCAGCCUUAUGUUUUACGCCACGCUGCCGGAUGCCUUCAGAGAGGGACGAUUUCGGAAUUGGUCUCAGAUAUCCAACUGACGGUAGGGCACUCCACCUCAAGGGGCUACUCAGAUAUCCAACUGACGGUAGGGCACUCCACCUCAAGGGGCUACUCAGAUAUCCAACUGAUGGUAGGGCACUCCACCUCAAGGGGCUAAAUGCCCCAAAUCCAAGGCCCUGACAGACAUCGUCAAGGACCUUCCUGUAUGCUGACAAUUAUGCCCUAAGAACAGGAGCAAAAGCGGGCAUCCGACAUAUAGUUAUUAUUUUCGCCAAUGCCUACACAAACAAUUUCAGUUUCACCAUUAACACACACAAAAGAAAGAGCGACACACCAGCUUCUCGGUGUACUUAAGUUGAGCCCAACGUCUAAGCAUAUGGCGAAAUGCUUAAAGUGGUCAAUAGCUUCUCAUACCUUGGCAGCACACUGUUCCAAAUCACUACCAUCCAUGACGAGGUUAACCUUCCUAUUGCAAGAGACAGUGCAACUUAUUCCAAAAUAGUCUAAGAACGUAUAGACCAGGCGAGGCAUCACCACUCAGACUAAUAUGAACUCACACAAGGUGGCUGUGCUUCGUAUGCUUCUCUACAUCUGUAGGACAUGGAGGUCUACGUCUGUAAGACGUGGAGGUCUAUCAACGCCAUGCAAAAAAUGUUGAACCACUUUCAUACGACAAGCCUCAGGAAAAUCCUAGACAUAAAAUGGCAGGACAGGGUCCCAGACACUGAGUUACUUGCACAGGCAGGUCUACCCAGAAUAUUGACCACUUUAAUGCUUUAAGGACUUGCUGUGCGACUGUGACACGUGACACGAACGCUUGCCCAAAAGACUAUUCUAUGGUGACACUUUAAUGCUUUAAGGACUUGCUGUGCGACUGUGACACGUGAAACGAACGCUUGCCCAAAAGACUAUUCUAUGGUGACACUUUAAUGCUUUAAGGACUUGCUGUGCGACUGUGACACGUGACACGAACGCUUGCCCAAAAGACUAUUCUAUGGUGACACUUUAAUGCUUUAAGGACUUGCUGUGCGACUGUGACACGUGACACGAACGCUUGCCCAAAAGACUAUUCUAUGGUGAGCUCGAGCACGGCAGGCGGUUUGUUGGUGGUCAGAAGAAACGCUUUAAAGACAUCUGGGCACCCACAGCCAAGUUCACAGUUAGCAUAUGCCAUGAUUAAGAUGGUCCAAUUCGAUUUCAACUGAAAAACCAUAGACAUAUAGAGAGAAAUUGUAUGAAUUCCACCAAUAUAUAAUUUGUAUUUUACUAUGAGACUUAUUAGCAAAAUUACCAUACAAUUUGCACGUCUGUCAUUCUGACAUAUUAGCGAAAUGACAAUACCAUUGGCCUGUCUGUUUCUCCGAGACAUAUUAGCGAGAUGACUAUAUGAAUAAAAGAACCCAAAGGAACAGAGCCAGUAUGUGGUUUGGGCAAGGUGGUUGGCCAACAAGAUCAAGGACCUAAAUGAUUUAAGCUCAGGGCAAAGAGGCUUCGUUUGUCACCGUCAACCUUCCCGGCAAAGAAGUUUUAUACUAUAAUAUUUAUACUAUAACCAUGAACCCCUUUCCAGAGUGCGUGUCCAGUUCAUACGAAUCCAGGCCAAGGCCGUCAUCCAGAUAAGGUUAAGGAGCAUAACAUAAAAUUAUGUAACAAAGUCUUACGAGCAAUAGGGCUCACACUAAUGUAACAGAGAAUCAUGACGUCACUGAUCAAUGGUUCCCACAAGGAGUUAUUUUUUGUUGAUUUUUUUAUAAGACCUUUUUUCUCCAAUCGAUUCCUCUCGCGCUAAUGAGGUCAGCCAAUCAGCCAUCAAGAACAUUAGAAUAAGUGCUGUCGUACACGAGCUGCCAGUGAGGCACAUUACAAAUGUAGGUCAGCGUUUUGGCCUUUUCUCAUGCGUCGGCAGAAACGGUCAAUUUGCUUCUCUUUGCGUCACUCAACCAUGAAAUGGCCCCCAAAAAUUUUAUUAAGUAGAAUUUUUUUUUUUAGUUUGAUAUGCUAACCCAUAAAGUAAUGUAGUGUUGCCUUAUUCUUGAUCACAGCCAGGGAGUUCCGCUGUGCCGUGGCAAAGAUGGGCCAAAAUUUAACAGACGCCGAGGUGGCUGAAUUCAUGAGAAGUGUGGACAAAGAUGGGGA